GACUCCUAAAUAUUGAUGCUUAGCAGUUAACACUCACAAACAAUCAUCACUCCCAGUAUAAUCUGCAAAUUUGUUCUCAAAUUUCAUGCUCUGAAAUCCUAACAAACCCUGAAACAAAACCCCCCCACCAACAAGCCACUCUGUAAUCGACUAAACCCACAACUAAUUUCAUCACAGAUUCUCAACCAAAACCCUAUAAUCAAGUGAAAUCAUCAACCAAAAACCCUAAUUACAAGUUCAAACUCCAAUACCCACAAAGGAAAAUCAAUGGAUUUCUGGACAAUGCAGGAAGCCCAGAUUGAUAUUAAGGAUUUCGACAAAAAUGGCGUCGUUGAGGAACCAGCAGGGGAAAAACAGAGGAUUCCAUUCUUUGGGUCAAUGUCGAAGAACAAGGAGACUACCUGGGUGAUCUCACUCUUCGUGUUUGUUCAUCUUGUUGCGUUUUUCUGCACUAUGAUUGUCAAUAAUUGCUGGAGUAAGUCGCAUGGAGAUUGCACUUUGAUGUUCUUUCAACCUCUCUCUGAGAACCCUCUUCUUGGUCCUUCCUCUUCUGCGUUGGAUCGCAUGGGAGCACUCCGAAGAACAUAUCUGGAUAACAUUCAUGGAGUGUGGCGCCUCUUUACCUCCCCUUUGCUACAUGCUGGUGUAUUUCACCUUGUUGUCAGCCUCUCCAGUUCUAUCUUCAUAGGGAUUAAUCUGGAGCAGAAAUAUGGACCAUUGAGGACUGGAAUCAUCUACAUUUUGUCGGCCUUAGCUGGUAGUUUGAUGGCCACACUCUUUGUCCGAAACAUCCCUGAGGUUUCCUCCUCUGCUGCUCUCUUUGGUUUGAUUGGUGCUUCAGUAUCAGGGCUUAUUCGAGACUGGAAAUCAUAUGCUGAUAAGUUUUUGGCUGUGUUCGCGCUGAUCCUGGUCUUUUCCAUCAAUUUCGCUCUUGGAAUGCUACCUUUCGUCGAUAACUUCUCAAAUAUUGCAGGAUUUAGUACUGGAAUCCUUCUUGGAUAUAUCCUGUUUUUCUCUCCACAACUUAGGAAGCCAGCUUUACACAAAGGCUUAUUUGAUUACGGUGUGAAGAAGUCCGUGGCAUUGAAGGAUAAGUUGGAUAGACCCGUGUUAAGGACUGUCUGUCUUUUCUUGUUUAUCGUCAUGGUAGCUGGCCUCGUUGUAGCAGCCCUAAGCAGCAUAGAUGUCAACAAGUACUGCAGUUGGUGCCACUAUAUUGAUUGUGUUCCUUCAAAAAAGUGGAUUUGCGAUAUGAAGAAUCCAGCUUGUAAGACCACGGAAAUCAAGGGGCAGACAGCAUUAAGGUGCUUGCGAAGUGACAACUUCAAGAUCUUGCCUUUCACUGACAUAUCAGCUACAAGAUUGAAGGAAUUGUGCAGUAUGAUUUGCUCUUAAGGAUAUCAUUGAAGGGAAUCGCUCGUUCCAGAACCAAUGUAUUCUGCAGUUUUGGUUGUAUAUCAAGUGUGAUAAACUGAUGAUAGGGAAAUUAUAGUUUUUUUGUUAGAAGUUAGAAUGCAUAACUACAUGUAAUGUCAGUAUGUCCAUAUCCUAUAGAUCAAUUCAAUUUUGCACAGAAGCAGCAACAGUUCGAUACUCGAUUCUCGAGUAAUAGAGUCGAAUUUUUGAGGAAAUGAAUAGGUGUUUUCUUGUACA